AUGCAUAGAUUAGUGUUACAGAAAUCUGUCACAGUGACAGGUGUUUGUAAAAGUCGUCACAUUUCCCCUAUAUCAUUAGGCCGGGUCUGGAUCAGUGAUGGUAACAAUCUUAUCUUGACGAACACAGCAGGUGAUGAACUAGAUAAUGUGACUGAUAUAAAGCAGUAUAGCUAUGGAGGACACACCGUGAAUAAUGACGGUGAUUUAAUUUAUAUAGACAAUCACGGUAAUAUUAACAAACUGUCUACAUAUAACAAAAUAAAGACUACAUUAAUAAAGUGCAGAGCACCACGGGUACUAUGGAUACCACAGUGUAUUUUCAGCUCCCCCUCCACUGGAGACCUACUGGUCGGGAUGCUUAAUACUGGUACAGUUACAGGCAAGGUAGUGCGUUAUAACUCCACAGGAGAAAUCAUCCAAUCCAUACAAUACGACAACACAGGUUGUGAACUGUAUAGUAGACCUAUCUACAUAACAGAGAACCGCAAUGGAGAUGUUAUUGUGUCUGACAUUGGCUGUGUUGUAGUGGUGACAGACUGUGAUGGUAAACAUCGCUUCUCCGACAGAAGUCUAUUUCCACUAGGAAUCUGUACUGACGCGCUGUCACACAUCCUGGUGUGUGAUUAUAACACCAAAUCUCACAACACGGGAUAG